GCAGAUCAUCUUAUAAGCAUUUGACUCGUCAUAUAACCAAUAAUUGCUUCGAGCUGAACAGUAAGUGCUGACGAUUUGAGCUGGCGCAAUGCUUUACAUAAGGCUUUAGGUAUGGCAAGCAACGGCUUGGCUUUCAGUAUAGUACGCGCGGCCACGCAUUGUACACGCGCUCGAUAAUAUCAGACAGUCUCUUCCUCUCAUAUCUGUAGUCUUGCCCUUCACGUUUGACCGUAGAACAUCACCAUCGACGCACUACUGAGGUAGAGCACUCAAGAUGCCUCGCUCGCAACAUCUUCUACCAUUGCUCCUCCCCUGGCUGGUCACAGCAGGUCCAUUACCAGCAAGCACUCACACUGCGCCAAACACUAACGCCAUCACACAUGCAAACUACAUAUUCAAUGCUGUACACGACUCCAUGCGUCAGUUCGGAUCCUCGUUGAAUCACAAUGGCAUGUCUCUUUUCAUGGCGACAGUACCGGAAGGCACAGAGUUUUAUCACGGAACAUCAGAACGUGACCGUAUCAAUGGCACGCAAUGGCUUGCGUUUGAGCCUGAGCAUGCCCUGAUAUUCGCUCGUGGACACCGAGGACCUCCUCCAGGGCAUUCUCCCAGCCAAGAGCCCCCACCCCCUAGCGGAGUUGAUGACAAGAAGCCUAAGGGCCCCUACUUCCCCGAUGGGUCUCCAAAGUCCUCAGCCCGCAAGCACAUUGGUGGCGAUGGAAAGGAGCGAUUCGCUGGUGAAAUACCAGAGCAUCGCGGAAGCAAAGACGGUAAGAAGCGUCCUGGAAAGAAUCACGACGACAAGUGCCAUGGGCCAUCCCGUAACGACACUCGUCCAGACGUCCCACAUCGUGGUCCUCCACCUCACCCACCUCAUCGUGGUCCGCCUCCACCUCAUCACGGUCCUCCGCCACCUCACCAUUGUCCUCCAGGAGAAGGCCACCUUCCUUGUGGUGGACCUCCUGACGAAGGCCAUCAUGGGCCUCCGCGCAGGGGUCCCCCCUUCGACCAUCAUGGACCACCUCCCGAGUGGUUUGAACACCGUGAUCAUCAUGAUGAGCACCACGGUGACUACGAACAUCAUGAACAUCACGGUCCACCACCCCACGAAUUCUUCGAUGAGCUUAACGACCCUCAUCAUGAUCACCGUGAUAAUGACGACCAUCAUGGCGGGUUCCCCUUGCCACCAAUUGGCUUUUGGGUGCAUCGCCUGGGUGACCUGUUGCGUAACCCUAAGCGACGCCACACUCCUGUCAUCGAUUCGAUCUCUUCUCCACUGCCUCCUGUUACUGAAAAGAUUGAGACGAGAGCGGAACAGGAGCCUCUGGUGACAGACGUUGCCGAGGACCAAGACUCGGGUUUCCUGCAUACAUACCGUACAAAGCAUAGUUUGCGCCUGCUUUAUGUCGAUGGCCAGUCUGCUGCCAAAUCACAGAAGGGUACUCUCGACACCCAAGAUGUUUUGCUCUUAGAAAAUAGCAUUGACCAUGAUUCUGGCAUGUUUGGUGAGAAGGAGCGCGCCAAUCAGAUGUGUAACAUGGCCCAUGAACAAUGGGGCGACCGCAUCGAUGGAAUAUUGCGCAUGGAAGGUGGAUUCGAGAUCAUUCUGUGUGAUUUCGCUGCCCAUCUUGACGUCGUGAGCAUUGCAAAGACCAACCCAAAAGCAUCUGGUGGCUUCGGAGGCGGCGGCGGUGACGGCGAUGGCUUCAACUACUAUCGUGCUGUUGCUGCUCGUUAUCAUGGUAUUGGUGGUGAACGCGUGGUCCUGGACUAUGAGAACUUUGUGUCUGCCUUUGCGUAUCCCGAGGCUAUCUACUUCGACAAGACAGGUCGUCCUCGUCUCAACAAUGCUUCUACGACAAUCGAAAAUGUCCGCGAAGCCGUCGACAAGAUGGUGUUGCGCAAGGAUAGCGAUGUCGAGACUGUCGACUGGCAAGCCGUCGCUGAUAUGAUAAUUGCACGCUACGCUGAUCGUAUUGAGUACCUUACUGCAGGCUCACUCACCACCCUCGAGGCUUUUCAAGCCGAGGUUGAGCGUGCACUUCGUCCAUUCAUUGAUUACAGCGCCCGCAACAGCAGCUCAGAGAUUGACCGUUGUGCUGAUCAAUUCAUUCCGGAACACAUCUCGACCACGACUACAAGCAUUGCGGCACAAGCGAUUCGUCAAGUCACAAACACUAUUUGCUCAAGCCUGUUGAACGCGUCUGAACAAGUGGAUCUUGACACUGCACUGGAUCAGGUCAAGCAGCUCAAGGAGUACCUGUCUUGGAGCACAUGGAAGCAAUGUCAUGGCUGUGCUGCUGAUGAGAUUUGCUUUCUGCCAAUCUGGCCUGUAGGUACUGCCGAGGACUUCAAGCAGCCAAAGUGCAGGUCAGGUGUUAGCCUUGCGCCUGGCCGCGGUAGUGAAGAUCGCUACUGGAAUGACUUUGGGGGACCGGGCCGUAAAGGCCCUGGCUCUCAAAAGCGUAGAAAGAAGACCGAGUGACCUCAACGGGAUCCGCUAGAUGGUUUCCUUUGUAUUAAGCCUUGUCGUUCUGUUCGAAAUACCCCAUUUACGUAUAUAGCCUUUUAUUCUCUUUGUUCUGGGCACGGGUGAUAUCCCUCUACACUAUCGCUAUCAAAAGUCUUUAAUAAUGCUUAACAAUUUAUCAGGCAG